CAUUUAAAGAGCGUAGAAGAAGAAUUGUUGCUUCCUUUAUGAGAUAAACUAACCUAACCCAGCUGCGUCGCAAUAAAAUCAAUAUCUGCCUGUCUCGGCAUUAAUAGAUAGCAACGCAAGCUAAGAAACCUAACAUGAUGAAUUAAGGAAGUGUAGUUACUUGACUCUGUUGAUGGAACCCUGGCCGAUUCCUGCGCUGGCACCGGAAGGCGGAAAGCCCCGUUGCCUAGCAACCGUGGGGUAAAACAAGCGCGAGCAGCAUCUGAGGAGUUUGCUUAUGUGACUUGAUAGCACCGUUAAUGUCGUUUAUUAAACUUAUAACGUUAAGCAGAUACAACUAAACAGAAGCUUGCCUUUUAAUUAUCGCUUGGGCCCUUUGAGAUAUACCCAUUUAUUUUGAAGUGCUAAUAGAAUGGCAGGCAAGAAGAAAGAAGCAAGUCUGCAGGCGUCUGUCACAAACCAAGAGCAGUGGGAGGAGAUGCUGGCAACGAAAGGUCUGACAGUUGUAGAUGUGUACCAACAGUGGUGUGGUCCCUGUCGAGCAGUUGUUAGUCUCCUGCGAAAAAUAAAGAACGAGUUGGGAGAUGACCUAUUACAUUUGGCCACAGCCGAGGCGGACAGCGUUGAGGCUCUGGAGAAAUAUCGUGGGAAGUGUGAGCCCACCUUCCUUUUCUAUGGGGGUGGGGAGCUGGUGGCUGUGCUGCGAGGGGCUAACGCUCCUUUCCUUCAGAGGAUGAUUGUAGAGGAACUGGCCAAGGAGAAGUCGGUCCUGGAGCAAGGUGGUGAACGCCAAGUGGUUAAAGAUGAAGGUCUGGUGGACAAUGAGAAAAAUGAGGAUGAGGAGACGCCUCAGGAGGCAGAAAAUGAAGACAGCAUAAUUGUUCCUGCCAGUAAAUCCUACACGAUCGCCAUCAUCAAACCAGAUGCUGUUGCUCACGGCAAGGCAAAUGAGAUCAUUAUGAAGAUUCAAGAUGCUGGCUUUGAGAUCUUGGCCCACGAGGAACGCACGCUGACUGAGAUCGAGGCUCGAGAUUUUUAUCAGCACAGAGCAGGAGAGGCUUCCUUUGGGGACUUGGUGCAGUUCAUGUCCAGUGGUCCCUCCCAUGUUCUGGUACUCUCUCAGGUCGAGGGCUCAGCCAAUGUUAUACCAGCAUGGCGUGAGUUUAUUGGCCCAGCAGACAUAGAGGAGGCGAGGAGAGAACGGCCAGAAAGCUUGCGGGCACAAUACGGCACACAGACACUGUUCAACGCAGUGCACGGUAGUGAGGACAUCGACCAGGCCAGCAGGGAGCUCGCCUUCUUCUUCCCCAACUUUAGGACGGCCUCGGUAACGGAGCAGGAUGGGGAGGAAAAGCGUGUGGAGAGGACACUGGCUCUUAUCCGGCCUGACGUUGCCAGAGAGAACAGAGAAGAGAUCCUGGCACAGAUCCACCAGUCUGGCUUUGCUGUGGCUCUCCAGAGAGAGGUGAUGUUGACAGAGGAACAGGUCAGACAGUUUUACAUCCAACAUGUUGAAGAGGACUACUUCCCUGCACUGCUUCAGAGCAUGACCAGUGGACCAGUGCUGGCUUUGGCUUUAUGCAGAACGGGGGCUGUCCAUCAUUGGAAGAACAUGCUUGGUCCAUCUGAUGUUAAUAAAGCCAGAGAGGAGAAUCCUGAAUGUUUAAGGGCUCAGUUUGCUGUGGAGAACGAGCCAAUCAACCAGCUACAUGGCAGCGCAAACCACGAAGAGGCAGAACGAGAGAUCAGCUUCUUCUUCCCUAAAGAGAAAACCCUGGCAGUGAUCAAACCUGAUGCCAUGGAGGAACACAGAGAGAAGAUUUUGGAGGAGAUCCGUGGCAGCGGUUUCUCUGUAACCCAGCUGAGAGAGACGGUGCUGUCAAGGGAGAUGGCCGAGGAGUUUUACAAAGAGCACAGAGAGAAACCUUUCUUCAGCCAGCUGGUGGAAUUCAUGUGUCGCGGGCCCUGUCUGAUGCUCAUCCUGACUAAAGAAAAUGCAGUGAAAGAGUGGAGGGCCAUGAUGGGCCCAACAGACCCUGACCAAGCUAAGGAGACAUCCCCAAACUCUCUGAGGGCCCGGUUUGCCUCCGAUAUCCUCCACAACUCUGUCCACGGCUCCUCCAAUGAGCAGCAUGCGGAAGAGAAGAUCCGUUUCAUCUUCGGCGACAUCUGCUCAGACACAGAGCUCACCACUGAUGGAGAGACUGACUCGACAAUUUUAGCAAAAGAACAAGAUUUUUCUGCGGAUGAAAACACAGAAAUGUCAAGAUCUACAACUCAAGAAAGUUCCGAUAGCCAUCAUCAACGACAUGAAGGUGACCCAGAUAAUUUAAAUCUUUUGACAGAUGGGAGUGAUGAUCCAGAGCAGUGAUUCAAGAAACUGAAUUAACCACCACUACAGGUUUAUUCUGUGAGAGUAUGGGGGAAACACUGUCACCACAUAAAUCAUGAAGUAAACAAGAUGACACUUAAAAGAACAUCUUGAUCAGCUUCAUCUGCUGUCAUGCUGUGACGAUAUGACUGCAACUGAUUAGGGUUUGAUUUUUUAAUGCGGUAGCUGAACAACUGAAAAUAAAUCAGUCUAGA